GGUCCACGUAACAACAGAAGAAGAGAAAGCGGAAGUAGCUGCUCGUAUGUCGCUGGUUACACGCUAGCAGUUGAGGUUGUUUGUGCUUAUCGACAGUUAUAAUGAACAAGCUGAUAAAACCUCAGGAGUUCGACUCGUACGAGCUGGAGGAGCCGAGCGACGAGGAGCGAGCGGAGAGCAGCUCAGAGGACGAGCUGGAGGUUCUACUCAACGGGACUCCGGAGCAGAAGAAGAAGCUGAUCAGAGAGUACCUGACGGGGGAGAGCGAGUCGUCCAGCGGGGAUGAGUUUGAGAAGGAGAUGGAGGCGGAACUCAGCUCCACCAUCAAGAGCCUGGAGGGAACGUGGACGCCAGCAGCAGCAGACACCACGGGUGGAGGAGGUGGAGGAGGUGAUGGAGGAGGAGCCGGUGUUCCAGCUCUUCCCAACCCCCAAACAUACGAUGAGGUUUACUUUGACUCUGACUCAGAGGGUGAGGAGACGCCCGGCGGCUCCACCGGCCGGAGGCGGAGCCAGCGAGCCGUGCCGACCAACGACGAGCUGCUGUACGACCCCGACGAGGACGACCGGGACCAGGCCUGGGUGGACGCCCGCAGGAGACGGUACCACAGCGCCAAGCGGCCCAAUGCGGGGUCCAACCCCGGCCGGGCUCCGCGUCUGAUGAGCAGCGACGCCGUCCUCAACUGUCCCGCCUGCAUGACCACGCUCUGCCUGGACUGUCAGAGGCACGACAAGUACCGGACGCAGUACCGGGCCAUGUUCGUCAUGAACUGCACGGUGAAGAGAGACGAGGUGCUGCGCUACAAACGGCAGGAGCAGCAGCAGCAGCAGCAGCAGGGGAGGCGGAGGAAUAGGAGGCGGGGCCAGAGGACGGAGACCCCGAUGGACGAGACCCCCGAGCCGGCUCCGGAGGGAAUGCAGGCCGACGAGGUCUACCACCCGGUCCGCUGCAGCGAGUGCUCCACGGAGGUGGGCGUGUUCGACCGCGACGAGGUCUACCACUUCUUCAACAUCCUGGCCAGCCACUGCUGACCCCCGCAGGGCUUUUAUUAUGGCGGGGAGUCGGUCUCUGAUUCUCCACGACAGAAGACGGAAGAGGAGACACGAGUCUGGACAGCAGCUGCACGCUGUGUCUCGCUGGCUUUUAAAAAUAUAUCUCCCCAAAACUGGAACUUGAAUCUGAAGAUCUUAUCGCUGCUCUGGUUGUCAGAGCCAAAGUUUUUGUGCUGAUAUAAAUAUUCUUAUCAGACAACUAAAAAGGCUGAGACAUUGGUAAUCAGUAAAUGUACAUUAAAUAAAGGGUUUAUAGCGCUAUAACGUGAUCAAUGAACACAUGAAACAUGUGUCCAUAGUUGGUAGAUGGUGUUCAUCGUAAGCAGAGUGGGGAUGUUCAGACGUGUUUUGCUAUGAUUGUUCUUCUCCAUCCGGUAGAAUCUGGCUGCUUUGGAGAAAACCGGUUUAAGUUGAAUGUCAGUAAAGUCAGAUACCGCCGUGUAAAGCCCAGAUUUUCUGUUAGGGUUCUAAAAUACUUUAAAAUCAUCCAAUUUGUCCCUUUAAUAAACACUCAGAUUUACAUUAUCGGCUUUCAUGAACGACUUGUUAACGUCUGCGUACCUUUAUGAACGAUAAAUAGAGCAAAGUAUCACCAGAUGAUUUGAACAAAAAUGGCUAUUUAUCUGUUGUAAAUAGAUUUCUGAGUGUUUGAACACACGAUGUCUUUUUGUAUUGUUUACAUGCUGAUGUUGCAGCGAGUGACGUUCUGUGGGAAAGAACCGGUCCACGA